AUGCUAGGCCUGGUAGAAACUAAAAGAGAGGUAGUAACUAAAUUUGAUGUUGUGCAACUGUGGGGAAAUGAUGCGGUAGGAUGGGAGUAUGUCGGGGCGGAAGGUGCUUCAGGCGGUCUAUUGUUGAUGUGGGAUGAAACGAUUUUUAAGAUAGGCAACUGUUAUAAAGGAGAUAGAUGGUUGUGUGUGGAAGGGGAGCUGACCAAUCGUAGUUUUCAUUGUGCUAUUUGUUUAGUGUAUGGUGCGCAUACUAGGAAUGAAAAGUUAGUUGUGUGGGAAGAGCUGAGUUUUUUAUCUGGGUUAUGUCAAGUACCUUUUUGCUUUAUGGGAGACUUUAAUGAGGUCGUUAAAGUGGAAGAACGAAAAGGGGCUACUACUUUGACGGGGUCGGCAGCGGACUUUAAAUCUUGGAUUCAGGAUAUGGAACUAGUGGACUUAGACUUAUCUAACCGCCUGUUUACCUGGUUCAGGGGCCAAUCUUGUAGCCGCAUUGAUAGAAUGUUGGUUACUUUGGAAUGGCUAGAAGAGUUUCCUGAUACAAGGCUACGAGGUGGUCCAAGAGGGUUAUCAGAUCAUUUCCCAGUGGUGAUGGAAGCUGCAAGGGUCGGAAGGGGGCCGAGACCUUUUCGAAGUCUUGAUUCAUGGUUCACUCAUGAAGGGUUCUUGAGGAUGGUGAAAGAGGAGUGGAGAAGCCUAGGGGAGGUGCGGUUCCUGGACAAGUUAAAGGCCAUGACGAUUCCUUUGGGCAGAUGGCAUAGAGAGAAUUUUGGGUCUAUGAACAUGAGGAUUAAAAAGUUUGAGGAGGAGAUCAAGAAAGUAGAUGAUAUGGUCAGUAAUGGAGUGCAUGAUGGAACCUUGGAAGCAAGAAGGAAGGCACUGGUCAGCUCUUGUAAGAGGUGA